AUGGGCAGAUAUGUUGUUUUCGAUUGUGAUGUCGGCAACGAUGAUGCCUGGGGUCUAAUGAUGCUCAUCAAAGCUGAAGAGGCCUACAAAAGCCGCGCGGAGCUAAAGGAUUCACCAAAUAAAUUUGAAAUCAUUGGCGUUACCUGCGUACAAGGCAACACUAAUGUGGACCAAGCUGUGAUAAAUACGCUGAGAGUAUUGAGGGCUGCCAAUCGGAAUGAUUUACCUAUUUAUAAGGGCUGCAGCACGCCCAUAAUACAAAAAUGUUGGGCAAAUCCUGAGAAUUUCCACGGUAAAGAUGGUUUUGGCGAUGUGCAGCAUGAAAGUGAAGUCGAUUUGGAUUUAGUGCGUCCGGAGCAUGCAGUGAAUGCGAUGUACAGUUUUGUUUGCAAGCAUCCAAAAAUGGUGGACUUUAUAUUGGUGGGACCAUUGACUAACUUCGCGAUGUGCAUAAAUAUGUAUGGCUCAGAGUUUUUGAAUAAAGUUGGGAAAAUUUACAUAAUGGGUGGCAAUUAUAGAGGUAAAGGAAAUAUAACAAAAAGUGCCGAGUUCAACUUUAUGAUGGAUCCAGAAGCUGCACAUAUUGUGCUCGCUAGUGUAGAUGCACCACUAACGAUACUGCCGUGGGAAACUUGCAUCGAUGGUGAAUUCGAUAUAACACUCGAUUGGCGCUUGAAUGUGCUCGGCUCCAUACAGAGCCCUUUCAUCGAAUUGCUCAAUCUUGUCGAACGCGCUGUAUUUAUACCCAAGGGUAUUGAACGUUGGUUAGUUUGUGAUGCUGUCGUUGUAGCCGCUUAUCUUUUUCCACACUUAACGGUAAAGGAGAGUCGCUUGUAUCAUGCCACCGUUGAGCUUGCCGGCACUCAUACCCGUGGGCAAAUGGUCAUUGAUCAUUUGAAACAGGAGAAGGAUAAUGCGUUAAUUAUUAUGGAUGUUAAUAGUGAGGAAUAUAAAAAAAUCAUUGCGUGGACGGCUGGGCUUGAAGGUGUGAAUAUGGUGGGUGAAUUGGGAAGAAUGGCCUGAUGUUGUACACUUAAUAAAUAUAGUGAAAAAAUUCAAAAUUUAUUCUCCAUCUAGUAUCAAGACUAGUCUGUUGUUUAUAUUUUCAGAAAAAAAUAUACUCGCAUGUACGAGUGUAUGCUAUUAGGCACUCAUAAGUUUAACUACUAAUUACGGGUUGAUUCGACAGCCUCGGACCAGUAGGAGCGGGGUAAGAUGCGUGGAGCUUAGUGUAGAUGUAUAGAAGGGUUAAUUUCACGCGUGAAACGUAGGCAUCGAAUCUGGAUAAGUAAGAGUGAAGUCUGCUACUGUAUUUAGACCUCAAUUAUACCUGUGUUUUCCGGUUGCACGUUUGUUACGGGUAGUUUUUGGAUUCCGAUUACCCCGUUCGCGGUAGGAGAGAUAAUGAUAUAUGUGAUCGGUGCUGAAUGGAGUCUGUAAAGUGAAGUUAUCUGUUCUUCAAUUGGAAUACUUAAGCUCCUGGAAUACUUGGCGCUAUGUAACCGCUUCGCUGAGCUUCUGCUCGAAUUUGUGUUGUGUGUCUCUAUAGUUUAUGACAAACCGCCUCCGAACGGCUGAUGGUUUUUAUGAGGAUCAGUAAAUAUUCCCCGCCGAGGGAGAACCGCAAUUAAAAAAUUAACUCAAUUUCAACAAUGCGGGGUGCUUAUAAGUCCCUAUAACAUUAGGUUAUUAAUUGUCGAAAUUUUUACGUCAUCGGUUUUGGCAUCAAGGCAAAAGCUGUCGAACAAGUGAAAAGGGCGAAAAGGGUCGCCGUGCAUUUCACUAGUUAUGGUAGUAGACGCAGUUAAGAAGCACGAAAAGAUUCAAGAGAACCAAUAUCGAGAAGUUAUUGGUAUAUAAAAUCAAGUAAACAAACACCUUCUGAUAAUGGAGUGCUUCGAAACGUGGAGACCCUUAUCUAAUUUUAGGGAGUUAUGAAAUUCUGCCAAUGACUGCCGAUCAUCCGGGGAAUUGAUUGAGUGUGUCAAAAGUUUUCAAUAAAUCCAAUGGAUCAGAAGCAACAAGGUCUCAAGUUCGUCGUUACUGGGGAAAGUAGGGAUAUCUAUCGGAUUGAUGCUAUUUUACUGGCCCUGUGAAUUGCUCACUCUCUAAUAAUAAAUAUAUCAAAAUAAUCCGGAAAACAUAUCGGCUAAAAGACUUUUCUCAGCUUAAAAAUCGCUUAACUUCGUGAUGUAAAAUUCUUUAACUCGAUCAGGUGUAAUUUACCAAAACAUCAAAGGCUUCAUUUUAGUCUAUAUUGUGACACCCCUCAUUUAAAAGAAAUUACAAUAAUAUUUUGUUUUCGUUUAUAUUGUUUUUCCAUAACGAAAACAGUUCCCAUAGUGAUUGACCCCAACAAUGUAAUGCUAACUAUCUUGCAAAAAUCUUGCAAAGCAACAAAAGUAAAUGCAAAAAGCCUUUCAUGUCGAAU